AUGGGUACUAUUGAGCCACAAAAUUACCCUGGUGUGUUGACGGUCCAGCCCUUGCUCAUGACCACCAGACUCUCCCGUUCGUUUCACUCAGACAGAAGUGAUUCCUUAUUGGAAUCUACCCCGCUCAUCUUCUCGUUCCCAUCAGUUACGAGACCGGAGGUCAGUAGUCUGGCUUCCUCGGUCACCGCGACUCCUCGUGAGCAGCCCGAUGCGGGUGCCGACGUCCGGGGAAUGAUGCUUCCGCUCGCGCGGACGCGGCUGGCGAAGAAGCUGACUCACUACAUCCGCUCCAUUGCCCCCGCCUACGGGAUCCCCGUUGUCCACCCUUGCAAGAUCGGACUAACGGCUGUAACGCUGGUGCCGAGAAUGCCAUCGCCAACAUGGACGGCCAGGAGCCAACGACGUGCCAUGGCUCCAAAGGGAACUCAACAUCCAAACCGCCUUCUCCGACUCCGGGGUGUCGAACUCCAAACCCAAAGCUUCGCCGGCCACCUAACCGCAACGAGUCCAGUCCCCGCGGACGAGAUCUCGCUGCAGUUGCCUCGGCCAUAUCCCCGGCGGCUUAUCUCUUUCCCUGAUGACGACUCUUUCGCCAUGAAAGCAAUCUUUUACGCUCUCGCUUUCCCCGGCCAGUUCAUGAGCACACCCAACAGCGCUCUCGUCGGCCGCCUGACCAUAAUGCUUAUUCAAAUACCCCCAUCCGUUACUCCGGAUCUAUGGAAGGCAGGCUCGGCAGACUCUUCAGUGUUACCCAGGCCACCAGUGCACCUUCCAAACGCCACCACAUUGCGCGCCUGGGGUAGGAGUUGCCGCUCCAACAACUAUGGCAGUAAAAUGACCUCGUUCCCGCAGAACCCGUUGAGGACACCGCGACCCUCAAACCCAGUCACCUACCGGCUACGGCUCCCAGAUGGCUUACAUUUGGAGACCUUCGGCCCUGACCCGAGCCCCAAAGAAGCUGGAAUUGCCGACUCGGGCGAUGGACGAAACAGCUUCCUGUUGCUAGGGGUUUGGGACACCGCCGUCAUGCUUCCGCAACGGCUUGCUGGCGGCUCUGCGCAGCCGCAAGCUCAACUCCCAGACCAUCGGUGGACGGGUGUUGUGGUCACCGCUAGCCACAGCCCCGCCAUUGGCAAUGGUGCCAAGAUCGUCGAGAGACCUCAGGGGCGAGAUGCUCGAGGAGGAGGGCAGGCGAGGAGGGUGGAAGUAGGGGGCUCGAGAGUGAAGGAAUGCGGAAUUAGGGAAUAA